AUGGAGCGUCGUAGAUUUUAUACACCUAAGGAAGUCCUGCUGCACUCUAUGCCAGAAGAUUGCUGGUUCUCGUAUCUAGGCAAAGUUUACGAUUUGACUCCACUGUGUGCUGAGUACAGAGGAGAUAUUUUACUUCAACCUCUUUUGGCCUCUGCGGGAACUGACAUAUCGCAUUGGUUUGACAGUCAAACCGGUGACGUGAGACACUAUAUAGAUCCGGAAACACAUUGCAACGUUCCGUAUACACCACACGGUCGAUUUGUGCACAUUGCACCACCCUAUCCGACAACCGAUUGGGCAAAUGACUUUGGCACACCUUGGUGGAAGAAUCAGAAAUAUUUUGUGGGCUAUCUUACAAAAAAACCGCGCCUUAUUCGGAUUAUAAAUACACUUUCAUUACAACAGCACGAGAUUGAAGUAUGCAGCGAAGAAACCAUGACCGAGAUAAUGGCACGUUAUUUGCCUUUCAACGCGCAUGCAGCUUCGUACGCGUGGAAGUACAAUGGUGAAGUGUUAGACAUGAAUAAGACAUUGGAGGAGAACGGGAUCCACGAGGAAACACAAGACAUUGAGGAUCAGUAUCCACCCCAAAUUCAUUUGUACUACAACGAUGAUCUGACUGAGGCAUAA